AGAUCAGCCUAAUUCCAAACUGCUAAUCCCUGCAGGUAACUUUCCAAGGCUUUAGCUAAUGAAGAUGUGUGUAAAGACACUUUCAUGACUGUUUGUGGAGGGGGAUCUGCUGUGCAGUCGACUGCAGUACCAGCAAACUCCACAUCUGCACCAUGGACUUCAUCUUCCAUUUGCUGUUCUCUCCUCUCCCAAUCCCAAUCAUCUUCUCACUAAUUGCCCUCGGAGUUGCAACUCUGUUUUACCUGAGCUCACGGCCCAAUCCCAUCAGCAGCCCGGCUGACCUCCACUGCCAAACGGUGGGCAUCAAGGAUGGUGCAAGAAAGACCGCUCUGUUGGAGGACAACAACAACUUGACGUCCUAUUACUACAGUGAUGCCAAGACCCUUUAUGAAAUAUUUCAAAGGGGUCUAAAGGUUUCAGGUAAUGGUCCGUGUUUGGGCCACAGAAAGCCAGGAAGGCCGUACCAGUGGCUGAAGUACAAGCAGGUAUCUGACAGAGCAGAGCACCUUGGGUCAGGACUCCUUCAAAAAGGUUUGAAGCCAAACACCAACACCUUCUUUGGCAUCUUUGCUCAAAAUAGACCUGAGUGGAUUAUUGGUGAACUGGCAUGUUACACCUACUCUAUGGUGGUGGUUCCUCUUUACGACACGCUGGGUCCUGAGGCCCUGGUGUUCAUUAUCGACCGAGCUGAAAUCUCCACGGUACUCUGCGACGAUCAGAAGAAAGCUGAAACCUUGCUGCAGAACCGGGAGAAGGGCGAGACUUCGGUCCUGAAAUUGAUCAUCAUAAUGGAUUCUUUCAACCCAGAGCUGUUUGAGAGAGGAGCAAAGUGUGGAGUGGAAGUCAUGUCCUUGGAGGACAUUGAGGCACUGGGAAAGAAGAAUCUUCAAAAGCCAAUUCCACCAAAGCCAGAGGACCUCAGUGUUAUUUGCUUCACCAGUGGAACAACAGGGGACCCCAAAGGAGCAAUGAUAACUCAUGAGAACAUAGUUGCUGACCUGGCAGGUGUCAUUAAAAUCUUUGAGUCAUCUUUUGUUCCAAGUACGCAAGAUGUCAGCAUUUCAUUCCUACCUUUGGCCCACAUGUUUGAGAGAAUUGUACAGACGGCUGUCUAUGGAGCUGGGGCUAGGGUGGGAUUUUAUCAGGGGGACAUCAGACUACUGCCUGAUGACAUGAAAACCCUGCAGCCCACCAUUUUCCCUGUGGUUCCUCGACUGCUUAACCGCAUCUAUGACAAAGUGCAAAGCGGAGCAAAAUCUCCUUUCCAGAAAUGGCUGCUGAACUUUGCAGUAGACAGGAAAUAUGCUGAAGUCCAGGAGGGCAUCAUCAGGAAGAACAGCAUUUGGGACAAACUCAUUUUCAACAAGGUCCAGGAGUCUCUUGGAGGUCGGGUGCGGUUGAUGGUGACUGGAGCUGCACCCAUUUCUCCAGCUGUGCUCAAAUUCCUCAGGGCUGCUCUGGGCUGCCAGAUCUUUGAAGGAUACGGUCAGACGGAGUGUGCAGCUGCCUGUACCUUCACCAUGCCUGGAGAUGCCACCACUGGUCACGUGGGAAUGCCUCUCCCUUGUAAUUACAUGAAGUUGGCAGAUGUUGAAGAAAUGAGCUACUUUGCGUCUAAUGGUGAAGGAGAGGUAUGUAUUAAGGGAAAAAAUGUGUUCAAAGGUUACCUGAAAGACCCAGAGAGGACUGCAGAGGCCCUGGAUAAAGACGGCUGGCUUCAUACUGGAGACAUCGGAAAAUGGCUUCCAAGUGGGGUUCUGAAGAUCAUUGAUCGCAAGAAAAACAUCUUCAAGCUGGCUCAAGGAGAGUACAUCGCCCCAGAGAAGAUUGAGAAUGUGUAUGUACGCAGUGAAGCAGUGGCACAGGUCUUUGUGCAUGGAGACAGUCUGCAGUCCUGCCUAGUUGCUAUUGUGGUCCCUGAUGCUGACGUCCUGCCAGGUUUUGCCAAGAAACUGGGGCAUCAAGGCUCGAUUGAAGAACUCUGCAAAAACUCAGAGAUUAAGAAAGCCAUAAUUACUGACAUGACCAAAUUAGGAAGAGAGGCUGGUCUCAAGUCUUUUGAGCAGGUGAAAGAUGUCUACCUCCACCCUGAAAUGUUCACCAUUGAGAAUGGUCUGUUAACUCCAACCCUCAAAGCCAAGAGAGCAGAGCUCAAAGCCUUGUUCCUGCCACAGAUUGACCAGCUUUAUGCCAAAAUUCAAUAAACAACUCUUACACUUGAUGUUUUUGGCCUGUUAAAACACUGUUUUCUCAAGAUCUCCUGUUGUGGUUUAAAGUUCAGUGAAAACUACUUAAGUACUAACUGUAAUAGCUUUUAGUGUUCAUCUUUCUCGAUAAUGGAUGUUUUUAAAAGACUACGUGUGAUAACACUGAACAAAGUUAUCUAACUUGAAUUUAGUUCACACAGUGGACUCUUAUAUAUCUUUGUAGUUAUAUCUAUAACUAAAUCUGAUUGCAUCAACCAACUGACCCAUUAAAUUGUUGAGUAAAUGCUGCACUCUAGUGUCCAACUAUGGAAGGAUAUGCCUCAAGAUUAUAGGAGUCUUCUCGAUUUCCACAAUUUAAAGUUAUGUUGAAACAAACUUGAAACAUUAUUUUCAGAAAUCUGUCUAUGCUGUAAAAUAAGUCUUAUUUUUAUAUUAAUUUUUUCCCAGUAAGGUGAAAUUGGUUAUUUAGCACGGAUUUAAUGUAAAAAUGGCAAAAACCUUUAAAGCAUUGAAUUAGGAGGAAGGAGGGGAGUAAUUUUUAAAGCCUUGUAUUUUGACUUUUAAACCUAUAAUUGGAUCAAACAUCUUCAAUGAAAUAAACUGUUGAAUUG